AUGUCCGAACUGUCUUGCACUCCACGCACUUGCAACUGUGUCUUCUGCAGAAUGAAAGAGACACUCUUACAGAACAAAUACAUUCCAUGGAUCACACUCGCACGACUCGUCUUCUUAUCUUUGAGUUCGUUGAACACCAACAAGCGGUACUUCUCUGUCAAAACAGACAUCCCCGAGUAUAUCCACUCCCACUGGGAUUUAUUUAAACGGCUCAAUCAAUUCAACUCAUCUACACGUUGGAAGAAGAGCAUUUUGGACGCAAUCAACCAUUCGCGCUUCUUCGAGUCUGGAAAGAUCGAAUUACACUCCCCCGGCUUUUGGAAGUUGAAAGACAACACAAUUCCUUUGUUGGACUCUUCAGAGUACUCGGACCAAGGUGAACACGUCGCAAAGACCAACUCUCCAUCUGUCGAUUCCUUUUACUCCCAAAACGUGUUAAAGCCAGAGUGUAUCGAGUGCAACAGUUUGGAAGAUUACUAUACCAGCUCGGUGACUUCAGCAAAACAAAACAUUCACUCUUUACUGUCUCUCUAUACUAUUUCUGACGAAACAAGAAGAAAGAUGAUCAAAGAGGAGAUCAGUGAAAGCGAGAAAAGCAUUCUGCGGGCCUCACAACACUUAUACAAAAUCUCACUCGAAGAUAACUCAGACAAUUACAACGCCUCCGCUUGCUUGCUCAUCAGGACUGUUUUCUAA